GGAGGCAGCAGCUCUGUUAUUUUUAGAGGAAAGCACUCACAACCCACACGAGCGGUUUCAGUUUUCAAAUAACCAUGCGAAGCCCAAUGCUCUGUCACACGCUCUUCUCAAAGUAAGCAAAUUCCGGAAAAGAGAGAGAGAGAGAGGUUGGGGAAGAGGAAGGCAAGAGGAACGUGUGGGUUUCUUUUACUGGAAGCCGCUUGCUUUAUUCCUUUAUUUACUUCCCUGACUUUUGUAGCUCAGGCAGAGCAAUGAGUCCACGGCAGCAGAGAUCUGAAGCUCCAAUGCUGUUCUUGUCUUCUCCACAGCAGCAACCUUCCUUUCUCACAUCCGCUGUUUGUCCUUUGGAGAGAGAGUUCAUUAGAAGUAAAAAAAGCUGGACUUUUAGUGCCGGCCAUGAUGAUUUGCAACUGAGUGAUGGUUCCAAGGAAAGCAGAGAUCCGGGGACGAAGCGGUUCAAACUGUGCACUCGCGGCCAUUGGAGGCCAGCCGAAGAUGCCAAGCUUAAAGAGCUAGUGACGCAGUUCGGCCCCAAGAACUGGAACCUUAUUGCUGAAAAUCUUGAAGGAAGAUCAGGGAAGAGCUGUAGGCUAAGAUGGUUCAAUCAGUUGAAUCCGAGAAUAAACAGAAAGGCCUUCACAUCGGAGGAGGAGGAGAGACUUGUCUCAGUCCACCAUCAUUACGGCAACAAGUGGUCUCUGAUUGCGAGGUUCUUCCCGGGGAGGACUGAUAAUGCUGUGAAGAAUCACUGGCAUGUGAUAAUGGCUAGAAAAAAGAGAGAUCACUCCACCUCCUGUAGAAGGAGAAGGCUCACUUCUUCUGCUUCUUUGAAUCCUUCGCACCUCCAUAAAAUGGAGCGCAAUACAAUCAGUGGAGAAUCAACCAUUACAAGCACUGGAGAAGAUUCUCUCUCCAUUGCCACCAACAGGAGUACUGUUCAUGGCUUACUUCUUUCUACCCGGCAGAAAGAGGGCAUUAAGGCAUAUGCAACAGAAUCAGCAACAAUCAGGAAAGCAGAGAUUGUGAGAGAGAGAAUCAAUUUGCCUUUCUUCGACUUUAUGGGCGUUGGAGCAGCAAUGUAAGAAGCCUUUAAUGGCUGAUAGAAUGAAAUUCUGCUUGGAUGGAAGCCUGAGUGCAGCCUUUGUGUGAUAUUAAGGUAACAAAAAGCAGAAAAUUUUGGUUUCUGUUGUAAUAUUAAAGUUGUUAAUGUGCAUCAAUCAAUUAAUCUAAAUGAAACUAUGGGUUAAAGUGGUUUCUCUGAGGUCACAAAAGAAAAUUCAGAAUAAUGAGAAAGGUUACUUCGUGUUAAGUAU